AUGCCAAAGCCGCUGGGCCGUAGCAAUGGAGGUUGCUGGACGUGCCGUAUCCGCCACAGGAAAUGCGAUGAAACUUCCCCGUUGUGCAAGGAAUGUACAGAUCGACACAUAGAGUGUCAUGGGUACGGUACAGAACCAGAGUGGAUGAAAGAUCCGCCCAAGCUCCGGGCCGAACUGCAGCGGAUCAAGCAUGCCGUCAAACAGAACUUUCGCCGGACUCGAAAAUCGCAAGCUGCUUCUGUGCGGGCCUCUAGAAUUCUUGAGGAGUCUUCGGCUAGUGGCUCGAUUGAGGCAACGGAGUCCGCACACGAAGGCUCGGAAUUUCGCGAGGCCGAGCUCAUCAUGUAUUACCUCGACUACAUUUUCCCCCUUCAAUACGCCUACUACGCAGACAAACCAGCACAGGGAGGCAGGGGAUGGCUGUUCUGGCUCUUGUACAAAAAGGGGCCAUUGCGCCAUGCCGCUUUCACCCUCUCUGCCCUCCACCAACAUACAAUAUCGCAAAGCAAGACAGAAGAGAUGGAAUCCGAGCUCAUCCGGCAUCAUACAAACGCCAUGCAAGAACUACGCCAGGUUCUCAGCCGUUGUGAGAUGGAGGGAUUCGACAGUCAUCCCGAGUACCGCGUCGAGUUUCUCACCUGCGGAACCUUCCUCAUCAGUUUUGAGGUUUUCCAAGGGGGUACAUCCAAUUGGGAAUCACACUUGAAGGCUCUCGUAGCGGUAGCUAGUCAGAUCGAUCUCCAAAGCAUUGGCGCCGUGACUGAUCCUUUGAUCUCGACAAGACCCGAUGCUGGAUUCCAAAGGAUAGUCAAUGCCGCCACCAGGUUCCACAUGUCUCAGCUGCUUUGGUUUGACCUGUUGUCGUGCAUUUCCACAGGCGAGUCGCCAAAACUUCCAUAUCAGAGAUGGCUGGGUCAUGAGGAUAUCGAUAUUUCUUGUGUCAUGGGUUGCCAGAACUGGGCCAUGUUAGCUCUUGGUGACGUUGCCUCACUAGAAGCGCAAGGAGCGGAGCCGAACCCCAGAGCCAUGAGGCGCCGAGUAGCAGACAUAAGGAAGAGAAUCGAGGACGGGAUUGGGUAUUUAGGCGUCCAAGAAAAGUCUACGGCAGCAAUCGCCUCACAAUCAGUUACUCGGGUCUUUGCUACGGCUAUAUUAGUCCAGCUGCGUGCAAUAUUGGUCAAUGUCGGAGAACCCUCCGAGAUAAUUCACGAAGCUGUUACCGAAGUUAUUGACGCUUUGCAGAAAGUGCCGAAAGGCGUGCCUAUAAGAGGCAUGCCGUGGCCGAUUUGCGUCGCUGGAGCAAUGGCCGACUCAGAGCAGCAAUCUUUCUUCGAAAACCUCAUCGAAGAGGUUCUUGAGACAUCAGGGGCCGGAUUUACGAAUUGUGACACAGUACAGCGCAUUUUGAAGGAGAGCUGGAAAGAUCAAAACCAGUUUGCUGUGCAGGGUAUUCCAACAUGGAGACAAGCCAUGUCAAGACUUGGCAUAUGCGCCUUGUUAGUCUGA